AUGAUCCACGCUAUCAAAGUCGCACGUCGCUUUAUGGCAGCGCCUGCCUGGGACGGGUGGAUCCUCGGUGAGGUAGGAGCAUUUAAGGAGGCGAAGACGGAUAUCGAAAUUGAGGAGUAUGCGAGGAAUAAUGCAUUUAACGUGAAUCAUGCGUGUUGUACGGUGGCCAUUGGUACGAGGAACGGUGAUUUGGAGCAGGGAGCAGGGGACGGAGGAGAAGGGCCGUUGGAGCCUGAUCUGAGGGUAAAGGGAACUGUGGGCCUGAGAGUCGUCGACGCGUCUGCUAUUCCUUUCAUCCCGGCGGCGCACACGCAGGCUGCAGUGUACGCUUUGGCCGAAAGGGUUGCAGAUUUGAUCAAAAAGUCGGAUGGUAGUGGGUUUUAG